AUGAAAUUCUUUAUACCAACUAAUACACCGACUACAUCAAACAUCACCAUGACCAACACUAUUAUCAACUACAUCACUACCAUCAUCACUACCAUCAUUGUCAACCAAGAAUUAAUUCAAGCAGGCAUCAGCUUCUUCAGAUUGCCUGUUCGAAUGCCCUUGAUCAUCACUCAAACCGUUCGAGAAACCAUCACAGCCGGUUUGGUUUGUGCGGCAGCGCUCUUGUUACUUUGGUACAUGGUGCUCGACCUAUACCGAACCUAUCAAGGACUUUGCAAGCAACGGAACAGCAGCCAACAGCAGCCUCCUGUUUCCAUUCUUCGUCGUUCAGGAGGGUCGUCUCAUCGCAAGAACAACCGGACCUAUUGGUUUGGAGCAGCACUUUUCCGAACACCAAACCGAGUCCACUUUGCCCCAUUCUUUCAAAAGAGAACUUUUGUCCCAGACGAGCAAGAACUUCAAUCUCUCAGGGAACAUUUUGGGCAGAUACGCUGGCAAAUUGUCUUCCAGCGCGUCCUUAAACAAUUGGUCUUCAAGUGUGUCCUAAACGAGUUGCGUUCCAAGGUGGAGAAGAUUGUUGUGGCGAGCACCCUCAGCAAUCCACAAUGCAUCUCCAAAGCAACACGUUCCAUUCUCACCAAGCUCAAGAUCAAGGCUGCCAAGGCCAAAAGGAAGCAGAAAGAAUUUGCGCUCAAGAACCACCGACAACUGCUUCAAACCGUCCUUGAUGACAUGCUCUCCAAUAUUCCCGUACCAAUGGAUUUGGAUGAUGCUGGCAACGUCGAGCCCAAUGAUAUGGAAGACGAGGAACCACGAUUGGCUCUCAAGAGAACCGCAACUUACUGCCCUGUUGCACCCAGGCCCACCAAGCGUCGCAAAUUGAAUUCAUCUACGGUUCCAAGUUCUGCUACAGAAUGGGCCAAACGAAUCAAUGAACGAUUCACUCCUUUGCUACCUGUCAUUAUUGAACAUCCAGAAGAACAAGAACAGGACAAUUUUAUUGAUAUUGAAUCCUCUUUAGAUGCUGAAUUGAUUGAUGACAGCAUUGAUUCUGCCGAGGAUCCUUUGGAGGAUACUAUCAGCGAUGAUGAAAUUCUGGCACCACCGCCCGAGCAAUCUGACGACAACACAGCUACUAUUGAUAUUCCUCCUGAUGGAAUGGGAUCCGGAUGGACCGAAUCUGGAAAGCGCUACAGCCUUCGACUGGCCAAGCUUCUCAUUCCACAUGCAGAGGAUCCUUUCAUCGAAGCUUUGGGAUCUGGCAUGACGGAACAAGAAGGAAGACGGUACAGUCACCGAGUGGCAAAUCGACGAAGCGGUACCAAUUAA